AGGUACACAUUUGGAUUUAUCUAAUGAUCGAUCCUUGUGCUACUAUCAUGCCGAAAUAUUGACAUAACUAAAUCUUAACAGUGAUACAAACGUGCCAUUUUAUAUCAUUUGAUAUUUUACUGUCUUUUAAUUUCGUUAAAAGUAGAGAGGUAUAUAUACAUAUAUAGGUAGCACAGUACUUCUCGACUGAAGGUGUUACAUUAGUGGACAUUUUAAAAUAUAAUGGUUUUUAAGGACUUACAAUAUUUUUAAUUCAAAGAAGAGGGAGAAAUGUUAAUUAAAAGUAAGUCGAUCUUGAAAAUGUCAGUUUGAAUUAUGAUAAGUAUGAACGCAAAUAUAUGAAGGUCUAUAUUUGAAUAAGGAAACUUACUGUUUGUUAAAAUAGAAGCCAAAGAGCAAAUAAAAUGUCAAAUUUAGAAGUAAAGAAAGGAAAUUGUGUUUACAAACGGGUAUCGUUUGACCGGGAUUGGCCCGAGCAAUACUAUCAUCAGAACAACAGAAGUCGACAAUCUUAUAGGAGAAGUUUUAGUGAUGAUAGAGGUUACAGAAGUGGGAGUUUCCCUGAUGGGUCAACACCUAUAAGUCGUCGAUCUAGAUUGUCAGAGAGUGACAGCACUGUAGAUAGUUUUGAAUCUAAAGGAAAACGUAGGAUUCUAAGAACCACUAGAAGUGAUGCGGAACUGGUAAAUAAAGAUUUUCUGGCUCAAAGAAAAAGAACCCACUGGGAUGUGCUAAAUGAAAAACUAAACGAAGGAGGAAUAGAUAAAUCUUGUGAGAAUAAGAAUAAGUGGAAUUUUCUCCAAGGAAAAAUACAAUUUGUUGGGGUUUUAAGACGUAUGAUGUCUAAGGAUUUAGUGGAAAGUAGAAAACAGAGGCUAGCAAAGCAAAAACAGGAUGCUGCUAAGGCUUGUCUUCAUUUAUUUCGACUUGCUGGUAAAAUGACAGUGUACUGUAUUCGUCUGAUGAAUAUGCAUAGCCUGAGGAAUCGAGAAAAUGACGACGAAGUAUCCCCUUUCAUUAAAGGUCUACAUUUCAGAGAUUAUGAUAGUCCAAUAGACCUCAUGUUUGAUCCCUCCAAGUUCAAAGCUAACAAAUCUAUGCGUUUGUCAGAAGAAACCAAGCGGAUAUUAAGUAAAGAAAGCCAAGACAGAAAUCCUCAUGAUAUAUACUCUACACAGAUAGCUUUUAGGAACAUCAGAUCUAUAUCAGAUUAUCCCGCUAGGAUGCAGAGGAAAAUAGCCGAGGUUGGAGUAUAUGAAAGAUACGAAGCCAAGAGAAUCAUCGUACGACAGGGUCAUCCUCCCUCUGCAUUUUAUUUCAUAUUAUCAGGGGAUGUUGUAGUUAUGAAAAUGGACGAAAGUAAUACAUAUGCACGUCCUGUCCUGCAUUUGUCUAGGGGAGACUCCUUUGGUGAACUGGGAAUCAUACAAGGAACAAAGCGGAAAGCUACCAUUAUAUGCCGAGAACCAACAGAACUACUAAGCAUUUCAAAGAAGGAUUAUCAAAACAUAUUCAUGCUUGGUGGAGUUAAAAGUAUAGAUGAUCCUGACCAAGACCAGUUCCUCAGAAGUUUAUCCUUUUUACGUGGAUGGCCUAUAGAUCUCAUUCAAGAAAUCCAAGAUAAAACCAUGUUUCACUAUUAUAAGAGAGGUGAUAUAAUAGCAAAAGAAACGCAUUAUUUUGAUUGGAUCAUUGUUGUCAAAUCUGGCAGUAUUAGUGUUCUGAAGAAACUGAAAAAAGUUUUUCCAUUCGAAUGGAAAAAUAAAGUGAAAACAGAAUUUGUUUCUGAAAAACAGAAACGAGACAUGGCUGAACAAAAAGAUAUGAACAGACGACAAGCUUUAACGGAGUUAAAUAUACCAACAAGAAAUGCUCAGACUGAUGAUGAAUAUUUAGAAGAGUUUCCUGGAAAAUAUAAAGUUUUUAAACAUCCUAUAGAUGCCAUUGAAUAUAUAGACAUGACCAAUGGCCGAUAUAUGGAGUCGGUACCGGAAGUUCCCAGCAACCGCUCUAGUUUCAGUUUACCGGAUAUUGCAUCAGAAAACAAAGUACCAAAACAUAGUCGCAGUUCAUUUCAAAAUAUACAAUCAUUAUACUUACCAACACUGUCCGAAGACACAGAAAGCUCUGUAGACUAUGCAUAUAAUACUAGGCAAAAUAAAAAAGAAGUUGGUACAGGAAAGUUAUUAUUUAGUACAGAUACAAGAAGAAAAGAAAGCAUAAUUGAGCUAGAAAAAGAAAUGAUUGGAUUUCAGGAAGAAAAGUUAACAUAUAGGGAUGAUAUAGAUACUGGUAUCAAACGAAAGGAUCCAGACCAUAUAACAGAAGCUGAUUUAAAGCCAGAAUUUGUUAAUAUACAAACUCUAAUUAAAGGUCAAGUAUUUGGAUUAGCAGAUUUGAUAUUAGAUCCUCAACCAAACUUCUGUGUUGUAAGCAAUGGUGCUGACUGCAUCCUGAUAGAUAAACAUUUUUAUAUGCAACAUACAACAGAUCUCCUGAAGAACAGGCUCCGGAAUGAAUUAUGUCCCUAUCCAUCAGAGGAAGAGAUGCAGUCACGUUUACAGAAUACUGUGGACUGGGAAGCUUACCGAAGUGAUAUUAUGUUACAAACUGUCAACACUGUUAAACCUAAACGUCCAACCAAACAAGUUAUUCAUGUCUGAUACUUCAUUCAAAUGGUUAUUUUUAUUUGAACUGUGCCAAAUCUAUUUAUUGUCAUAAAUCAUUGAAGUGCU